UGGGAGCCACAGUGGGACGGUAGAUCUCCGGCCCCUUGCCUCUGAACUGCCCCCUCCCUGCUGCAGGUCUGCAGCUCCAAACCAAGUUGAGCUCACACAGACUUUGAAGACCUUUGCUUGAUCGGAGCUUUGCAGAAAAGAGGCAAGGCGCAGGUGUGUCGGAUGAAAGGACAGAGAUGUGAUCACAGGUCACCUGUUUUCAGCCUGUUCUUUUUAAGGCGACCUUAUAACCUGGAGUCAUAGACUUUAAAGAUGGAGUGGCGUCAGCAGUCAUCUGUCAGCAGCGAGGAAGCUUAUUUAGAGGCGCAGAGAUGGAUGGAGGCUGUAACUAAGAAAAAAUUUGGGAACGGCGACUUCCGAUCAGCCCUGGAGAACGGAGUUCUGCUGUGUGAUCUGAUAAACAAGAUCAAACCUGGCAUCAUCAAAAGGGUCAACAGGCUCCCAACCCCCAUCGCAGGUCUGGACAACCUUAACGUCUUCCUGAAGGCCUGUGGGAAGCUCGGACUAAAGGAGGCACAGCUCUUUCACCCUGGGGAUCUUCAAGACUUGUCUACAAGAGUGACAGUAAAGCAUCAGGAGACAAACAGGAGGCUGAAAAAUGUUUUAAUCACCAUCUACUGGCUGGGUAGAAGAGCUCAGAGUGAUCGUUUCUAUGAUGGACCUUACCUAAAUUUCAAAGCCUUUGAGGGAUUGUUGGGCACAGCGUUAUACAAGGCUCUGCAGGAAUCAAACAACCCGAAGGGCUCCAACGUUAGAGACAGUGGCUUUGGAGACAGUUGGUACUCGGAGCGAGAGGAAAUCUACUCCCUGAGAGAAGGUGGAGGAGGAGGUAAACACAGGAGGGACGACUCGUUUGAUAGUUUGGACUCGUUGGGCUCCAGACCCCACAGCGUUUCAUCUGACGCCAAUCUUAAAGGCAGCAGCGAAGGUUGUAGCAGCGACACCGAGGCAGACUCCAGCUUCAGGAUGGCUGACAAGAACAGCCUCAGCUACCGCAGGUCGCUAGUCAUCACACCCAAAGUCACCGCCCAGUUUAACCAGUUCCUACCUACCAAAGACAAGCAGUCAGGUUAUGUGCCGGCUCCACUGAGGAAGAAGAGGGCUGAGCGCAACGAGGACAGCCGACGCAGCUGGGCCAGCUCCAGCUUUGGAGAUGAUGAAGGAACGCUCACCAGACAGCAGCAAACACCAGAGAGUUCUGAGGGGAGCAAAUCAACAAGCGACAUCCAGGUGGACCCCUCAGUCACCCGGCAGAACCGCCUCGAAGAGCUCCAGAAGUACCGUGAGCAGAUAAAAGACAGCGAGGAUAAGUGGCAGGAUGACCUGAACAAAUGGAAAAACCGGCGCCGGAGUGUGAACUCUGAUAUAGUGAAAAAGAAGGAGGAGCGGGAGAAGAUAGAGCAGAUCACGUACGGCGGCGAGAAAAGGUCCAAGACCUUCAAGGAGAUGCAAGAGGAGAGGGAUAAUAAAGGAAAAAGCAGCAUAGGCAGCCGUUUGUCAUCUCUCUCUCACUUGGAUGACGACGAGGACGUAUUUGACAGACCUGCUGUUCGCACGCCUACCCGAACACUUGCAGCCAGAAGCUACACCAUCGACACUCCAUCAUAUUCCUCUGAGUCCUACAAGCCCUCUGUGAAAACUGAGGAGCCCCCCGCUGCUUCCCCACCCACUCGUAGAUCACCUUCACCUCCCUCUUCGCCAGAAACUGUGGACAGUCCUGCAGUCAGAAACUCCAUCACCAGCUCCACCAUCACUCCUGCCAACCACAGCUCCCACUCUCAACCAGCUGCUCCACUACAGAAGAGUCCAGCAGAAACAAGCGCAGGUGGAACAAGCAGAGAGAAGGCUGCGAGGGACGGCGCCCCCGCCUCCUCCACCUCCACACAGAAGGAGCCUGAAUCGAGGCCCUCAUUGUUGGGAGCGAAAACUGAGGUGGCGGUCCCCUCUUUUAGUUCAAUCAACAGGCAACGACCACAGUUCAGCUCAAUGGAACCCAACCCUCCAGGGGGGUCUCGAGUUUCCGCCUCUCUCCCCAGGAGCUACCAAAGAUCGGAUAGCGCAAGGCUAAGCUCAGUUGUUGCUCCGAGGCCCUUUGGGACCCAGUCCUCACGCAUCUCCUCUCUUUCCAGAGCCUUUACAACGGACGACUCUCACAAGGGCGUCAACGGCAAUGUUGAUCUUUCUAAAAAGGCGUCAGUCCCCGGCCGCUAUCAUCAGUACAUGAACUCAGGGGAUGAGGAUCAGUCCAGCUCUUCACCCACCAGUGAUGAGGAGGAAGAGGAGGAGGAAGAGAAGGAUACCACAGUGAAAGGCCUGUCCUCUACUCAGAGCAUCAAAGCUGAUCUGCCUCCCGUUAAGAGUGAAGUCCCAGUCAGUCCUACUCCAAAGAAAGAAACUAGCAAGGAGGCCUUCUGCGAGAUGCGAAUCAGCCUGAACCAGAAGCCCAACAGCAGCCGGGACUUUGGUUUUCAGGCUGCCUGGGACUCAACAGGAGCUCGGGUCACCUCCAUCCAACCAGGUAGCUCAGCUGAGAUGUGCCAGCUGCAGGUCGGAGAUGAAGUGCUGAAGGUAAACGGGCUCCCAGUGGCACAGAUGAGUUAUGACCAGUGGAAGUCCAGCUUGCAUGAGGCCCUGCAGAAGGGCAGUCUGGUCAUGGAUGUGCGCCGUCACGGCCAGAACAACUGGGACAGAGAUCAACCUUCCCUGCCAUUUAAAAGCCAUAAGACCGUCAAUCUGACCAGUACGGAUCAUCCGAUACUUCUAGGUUCCCCUGAGAUAAAGACUGUCAGUUCCAGCCUGGAUUUUACUUCACGUACAGUCACAGAAACGGUGCUGGCUAAAGAACCGCCCACUCUUCCUCUUGUGGACGUGGCUUCAGACAAAGUUAAUGGGGACUUCCAUCAUGAACCAGUGACCAUGAGGAACAAAGAGUCAGAACCAAUAUCUUUGAAAAACUUUAAACGGAGGUCAGAGUUUUUUGAACAAGGAGACUCAGAGUCUAGUGUCAGUGCGCUGGCCUUCCUCUGUGGAGGAUCAGAGUCUUCCGUCCCAGAUAUCCCUGUUCCUCCGAUCACUCCAACCUCCUCUAGCCGCUGGUCGUGGGACCCUGAAGAGGAGCGCAAGAGACAAGAGAAAUGGCAAAAGGAGCAAGAGCGCCUCUUACAGGAAAAAUAUAAGCGUGAUCAGGAGAAGCUGCAGGAGGAGUGGCUGAAGGCCCAGCAGGAGAUUGUGACAAGCGGAGGCGACCAACAGCAGCCUAGGAGUCUCCAGGUGAACCACGGUGUGAGUCCACAAUCGCCCCCAUCUUCUGUCCAGCAGCCCACACCUACUCUGUGGGAGGAGGAAGAGAAGCAGAGGAAGAUGGAGCAGGAGCGACAGCGGCAGGCAGCGGAGAGGAGAAGGAGGGAAAUUCAGGAGGAGGAGGAGGAGCGGAAAAGAAGGGAAGAGAGGGAGGAGGAGUUGAGAAUGCAGAGGAUGAAAGAUGAAGAGCUGAGGAGGAAAGGGGAGGCCAGGGAGCAGGAGAGAAGGCAGCUGGAGGCGGCAGAGCAGCAGCGCAGGCAGAAAGCCUUUGAGCAGCAGAGGUGGGCUGCUGUCUCCCACGACUUUGACAGUGCUCAGCCUUCGCUGUCCUUCACUGACAGGGCAAAAUCUCAGUCGUCCCCCCAGCUUGAUGAGGACGACAAGCCUCAGAGGAGAGGUGUUUUAUUGCAGCCAGAGGGCACGUCUCUCAGGUUGCUGGAAGAUUUGAAGAUUUUACGUGCCAAAGAAACCCAAAGGCAGAGGACUGCAUCAUUGAUGGAAAAGAUAAACAACUUCAGAGCCAUGAGAUACGGAGAGGCAGAAAGAGAUGCGGUGACAGGAAGCGGAGCUUCUGAGGAGAAGAAGAGUCAACAGUCUCUAUCCCAGGCUGAGUUGGAGCGGCAGCAGAUCCUCAAUGAGAUGAAGAAGAAGACCCCGCUCUUAACGGACAACAGUUGGAUCCGUCAGCGCGCCGCCAGCACGGCCAUCAACAGGGAGAGCGAGGUGCCACCCAUGCGCAGAGGGGAAUCUCUUGACAACUUGGACUCCUACAAUACUCGGCACUCGUCAUGGACCGCCAGGAGCAACUCUUUUGCUCCAAACUACUCUCGGCCUUAUUCUGGCUACUCUGGAAACUCUUCUUUUUAUUCCGGAGUGUCGGGGGGCCGUCGGGCCGUUUCCUCCACUCUACCCUCCUCCUACUCUACUGACUCCCUCCGAGGUGGGGCAGGAACGCACCCAGCACCUUGGUCCCGUACACCCCUCUCCCCUUCUACUCCAUCGCCAACCGUCUCUCCAGACCUCACAUCUGAGGCUUAUCAGCAGCGGAACAGGUCAGUGAGUGGCAGGAAAAUCUGCACGUUCUGCGACACCCCGCUGGGAAAGGGAGCAGCCAUGAUCAUCGAGUCCCUUGGGCUCUGUUAUCAUUUGAACUGUUUUAAGUGCAUCGACUGUAAAUCAGACCUCGGUGGAACUGAGGCCGGAGCUGAAGUCAGAAUACGAAACAAACAGCUCUACUGUAACACUUGCUACAUGCGAUUCAAAACCGGCCAGCCAUCAGCUAUGUGAUGCAGGCGUGCUGCAGCAAAUCGACGAGGAAACUACAUGUGACAACAACCCAUGAACUUUAACGUAUUGAAAGCCAUUGCAAUAAUUAUACUGAUGAGAAACAUAUUUGCCAUUAUGCGCCAUGAGUGAGAAGAAUUCAAUGGAGUUAUCUACUUGUAUCAUCAUAUUGUAUCACACACUAUAACUGUACAAAUGUUCAAGGAUUCUACAUUCCCUAUUGUUUUUUGUUUUUUUGUGUUUUUAAGUCUAUCUCCGGGAGAUUCCAGAGUAAGAGCUUGACUUUCAGCUUUUAGAUAUUUUUUUUGUAAAUGUGACGAGAGAAACCUGCAGGAUCAUGCUUCUUUUUUUGUGGUAUUAAAUUCCCUGUUAAGAAAGAAAAAGGUUUGAUUUUCAUGUGUUUGUGGCUUUAUGUUUGUUAGAGAGAAGUAAAUACAAUUAUUAGGAUUCUUUUAUGCAUCUUGUUUGAAAAUAAUAUCUGCUUCGACCGCACUUUUUACAUUAAGACUUCACAUCAUUCUCGAUUAAGGCAGAGCAACUCUGUAAAUAAAUGACUUAAAGCUUA